AUGGUUACUACCACCACCGUGCCGCCUUCCAUCACCGCGCCAGCUCAUCCACUCACCGGUCGUUAUCCCUGUUCCAAUGCCAAUUGCGCUAAGGACUUCGGGCGCACAUCCGAUCGUCUUCGACACAUCUCAUCAGUUCAUCAACGGGGUCAGACAUAUCAAGGGAAGAACCUCUGCCCUAUUGUUGGAUGCCGUCGAAGCUAUGGGAGAGGACUUUGUCGUCCAGAAAAAGUUAAUGAUCAUUUGAGAAAGGUUCACGGUCUUGCUGGAGUUGCUUCAAAUGGUGCUUCUGCUUCUGCCGGCCCUUCUGCAUAUGGUACUGGUGACGGCUCCAAUGUCGCUGGCGGUGCUGCUGCUUUGACCGGAAAUGGGAAUUGA